CGACGCGCCCAACCUGGUCACUUACUCCAACAAUCUGAUCAUAUAUCUUCCGAAUCUCGAAGCUCUUCAUACUAACAGCUUCUCGGAAAUAGUCAGGAAAUAUACACAUUUCUUGGUAUUCGAAUUUUGGCCGUAGCAUACGUGCUGCACACCUGCCUUGUUCUUCCAUAACAUUUCAGUCCUUUGUUGCUACCCUUUACACAAACUACGUCACCCCAAACUUCAGCGCAUGGAGCGCACUCCCUCUUGAACCAUCCCAACACAAUCAUGGCAACGGAUUUUAACAAGCUGAAGGUGGUUGAACUGAAGGCUGAACUCAAGCGAUUGGGUCUGCCUCAGAACGGCCUUAAAGCCGAGCUUGUUGCACGACUGGAAGCUGCUGAAACCGACGCUGCUACCGCUGUAUUGGCAGACUCGGACACCGUGCCUACCGAAGACGUCGGCGAUGACAGAAAGAAUAGCGAUGAGCCAUCGGAAGUGGAGGUAGAAGCGGAAGAGAAUGCCGGUGUAGAUAGCGAGGAAGCAGCCGCAGCACCGAUCAAACCGGCCAUGAAACCGGCCUCCGAACCUGCCACGAGCCCGACGCCUGCCUUGCUACCUAACGAUGCGCCUGCCAUCGAACCCUCAAAUGAGACCCAAAUCUCUGCACCUGCCAAUCCAGCACCCUCCAUUGAGACCUCGGGUUCUGUCCCCAUUCCCACGCAGCCUCCAUCGUCGCUGCCGCCGUCGUCUUCUUCCGCAACCCCCUUGCGGCCCAAAGAAAUAAUGCAGGAUUCCCAAAAGCGAAAGCGCCGCUCCGUGAGUCCUCCACCGGUAGCAGGUGAUAUUGCGCGAAAGCGUGCGAGACAGGAUGACGAGGACAACGAGAGUAUUAUUAACAAGGAAGGCACACCAAACACAGAGCAAGUUGAGGUGUUGGAUGUUGAGAUGGGCGAUGCGCAAACUGAUGCGCAUCUCGACGCAUACACCAACAAUGACGUUGCUAACCAAGCUGCAUCUGAAGGCGCCUGCGCUCAGUUCGAAGACGGAUACCAAACAGAUUUGCCCAUGCAAGACCAGGAGCAACCACAAACAUACAAUGACGCCGCUGUCCCAGUAGAGGGACAGGUUGAAAUUGAACGAGACGUGGAGCCUUCUGUUCACCCAGCUACUUCGGCUCUUUACAUCAAGAACUUUAUGAGACCCUUGAGGCCGCAAGCAGUGCAGAACCACCUUCUCAUUCUUGCCACAACUCCCGGCCACUCAACCGACGAGAAGACCAUUACCGAUUUUUACCUCGAUACGAUCCGAACACACGCAUUUGUCGUUUUCAACUCUACCUCGGCCGCAUCUAGGGUCCGCACAGCCUUACAUGAUCGCAUCUGGCCCGACGAGACCAACAGGAAGCCUCUCUGGGUUGAUUUCAUCCCACCCGAGGUUUUUGACGAUUGGGUACACAUGGAACAAGGAACAAGUGGAGCGCGCGGCUCAGGAAACCGUUACGAGGUCGUCUACGAAGAUGGUGUUGACGGUGACGGCAAUGUGACAGUACGACUUGAGGAGAGCGGCGCCGCAGCUUUAGCCACCAAGACGCCGACGUCGCAACCCGAGCGCAAACCUCCCAUCCCGACUGGUCCUUCUCGAGGUUUCUCUGGCAUUGAAAAUGCGCCGCUUGGACCGAGAGGUUUUCAGCAAAGUCGCGUACCCGGUCCUCCGGUUCAUCCCAGCAGAAUGGACAGAGUUGUGGACAAAACUGACUUCAAGUCCACCCGCACAUACCCCUCUGUGUCGUACAAAUCCGUCUCUGAAGAUUUAAUUGACAAACGCCUUGCAGCACUCAGAGCGGCCAAGAGCAAAGACUACGACUACGAGAGAGACGUCCCCAAGGAUUAUAAACGCUACUUUUUCGAGGAUGGCGAUGUGCUAGUCGAUCGUGGUCCCGAAAUCUUCCUAGGUAUUCGACCACCGCAUCGGGAGCGAGAACGCAGACGCGAGCAGCAGGGCGACCGACGCCGCGGUGGAGGUAGACCCGGAGGUGGAGGUGGGGGUGGAAGAAGACGCAACCGUCGCGGAGGCCCUCCGAUGCCCCACGGCGUUCCAAGAGGGGGCGAUCGCUACAGAGGAACGGCCACAUCAGGAGCCCCAUACGAUAACAGACCUCCCCGUGGAGAGGACCGAGGUGCUGACCGCUAUGUAAGCGACAGUCGCAGCCGCUACUGAUUUAUACAGUGACGGGCAGGUGAGAGUUGAGCAGGGCCUGUUUUAGCUGUACUAGGAACAAGGAAAGGCAAAAAGAAUAAAGAAAAAAGGCAAGAGCCAAAGGGAACGAUAUUCAGAGCUAGAGACAGAUACCCGAGUGGUGACCACCGCAGAGCUGGUGGUUUUGAUGACGAAAGGCCAGGGGACAAGGUAGCUUAUCUAAGCAGAGAAACAAUAGAUGAUGA